GUAGAACUACACUCGGUACUUGAUCACUGAAAAAAGGGUACUAUGUCCUUUAUACAAGCUUUCCUGCAGCAGGCUUCAUUUCUGGGUGACCCUGACUAUGGUACUCAACAAACAAGUGGAGGUUUAAAGGGUGCUCCUGGCUUCAAUGCAUCUGCAGAUGCUGCUUCCUUGGACAAAGCUAUCAAGGCUAAAGGUGUGGAUGAAGCAACCAUCAUUGACAUCCUAACAAAAAGAAACAAUGCACAGCGCCAGGACAUUAAAGCUGCUUACCAGAAGAGUGUAGGCAAGCCCUUGGAAGAAUCCCUAAAAAAGGCUCUCUCUGGCAAAUUUGAAGAUGUAGUUUUAUCAUUAAUUAAAACCCCUGCUGAAUUCGAUGCUUAUGAGCUGAAACAUGCCACAAAGGGCUUAGGAACGGAUGAGGAUACUCUGACUGAAAUCCUGGUAUCAAGAUCAAAUAAAGAGAUUCGGGCAAUCCUCACAGCCUACAAGGAAGUUUACAAGUGUGAUUUAACAAAGGACCUAAUAUCUGAUACAUCUGGUGACUUUCAGAAAGCUCUGGUUGCCCUUUCAAAGGGCGAUCGGAGUGAAGAUACUCGUGUUAAUGAUGAAAUCGUUGACAAUGAUGCCAGGGCCCUGUACGAAGCCGGAGAAAAGAAAAAAGGGACAGAUGUUAAUGUUUUCAUUACAAUUCUAACUACUCGCAGCUUCCCACAUCUUCAGAAAGUUUUCAUGAGAUAUACCAAGUAUAGUAAGCAUGAUAUGAACAAGGCACUGGAUCUGGAGCUUAAAGGAGACAUUGAGAACUGUCUCACUGCUAUUGUGAAAUGUGCUUCAAGCAGAGCCGCUUUCUUUGCUGAAAAACUCCAUAACGCAAUGAAGGGUUCUGGGACACGUGAUAAAGAACUGAUUAGAGUUAUGGUUUCCCGUUCAGAAAUUGACAUGAAUGAAAUAAAGGCUCAGUACCAAAAACUUUAUGGAAAAUCUCUUCAGCAGGCAAUUUUGGAUGACACCAAAGGAGAUUAUGAAACAAUCCUGAUUGCUCUGUGUGGAGGCAAAUAAACAUGAGUGGAAAAUCAAUUAAACAGCACAUAUAUAGUUCAACUGCAUAAAAAAAAUGCUUUCAUACAGUUUUAAAAAAACUAUAUUUUAUUACAGGUAUACAAUAAACCUAAGCAAACUUA